AGACAAAGUUUGGCGGACAUGAUCAUGCAGCGAAUCAAGGAGAAGGAGGCAGGUAUGCCAUCAGCAGCGCCGGAAGAGGACCAACAAUCAUCUCUCCCGCCAAAGGUCGUCGAAGUAUACACCAAGGUCGGUCAACUGUUACAUCGAUACAAGUCCGGAAAGCUCCCCAAGGCAUUCAAGAUCAUCCCGGGACUGAGAAAUUGGGAGGAGAUUCUGUGGAUCACACGACCGGACGAGUGGUCGCCCAACGCAUGUUACGAGGCUACGAGGGUGUUUGUUUCCAACUUGAAGGCGAUUCAGACUCAGAAGUUCAUGUCGAACAUCCUGCUGCAGCGUGUGCGUGACGACAUUUACGAGAACAAGAAGCUCAACUACCACCUUUACAUGUCGCUCAAGAAGGGUCUCUACAAGCCUGCCGCAUGGUUCAAGGGCUUCUUGUUCCCUCUGUGUCAGAGUGGAUCCUGUACCCUGAAGGAGGCUGCUAUCGUUGCUUCCGUCCUCGUCAAGGUCUCCGUUCCCGCACUUCACUCCUCCGCCGCCUUGUUGCGUUUGGCCGAGAUGGACUACACCGGCCCAUCCUCUCUCUUCAUCCGCGUCCUCCUCGACAAGAAGUAUGCCUUGCCAUACAAGGUCGUCGAUGCGCUCGUUUUCCACUUCCUUCGCUUGCCCGGUCAGCACGAAGAUCUUCCCGUCAUCUUCUGGCAGAGUUUCUUGAUCUUCGCACAGAGGUACAAGAACGAUGUCACACCGGAGCAGAAGGAUGCGUUGUUGGAUAUUAUAAGGUCGAGGGGACACCCGCAAAUUGGUCCGGAGAUCAGGAGAGAGUUGCAGGGUAGUGUUAGCAGAGGCGAGAUGCUCCCGGAGCCCGACAUGGACAUGAUGAUGUAAGAAGGAGCGCGGGAACGUAGUUG